AUGAACCACUGGCUACAGAAACGAGGCGAGGACUUGGAUUCCAUCAGCCUGGCCACCCAAAUCCUUUGUUUCAGUAUAAUCCCACCCCUGAUAGCUCUACGAGCUUUUGCCAAAUAUAAAUUACGCCUCGAGUUUGGGGUAGAUGAUGCAUCAUGUUAUGUAGCAUUGAUCCUCUUUGUGGGUCAUUCCAUUUCGACUUUAUUCUAUACUUAUGCUGGAGGCACAAUUUCUCAUGGCGUCUAUACCACGCGGGAUCAUGAAAUUAAAUACAAGAUAUUCUAUAUUGCUACGCUGUUUUACGUGCCCAUGGUUCUUUGCGUGAAGACCAUGCUGAUUUAUAUCAUGAUACGGCUUUGGAGUCCGUAUCGUGGAAAGGUGAUUGCCCUGUACAGCUUUUUGGCCUUUAUCGUCACAUAUUACACAGUCAUUCUGUUCAUCAAGAUCUUCAUCUGCAACCCUAUCCACUUGUUCUGGGAUGUCAAUGACCACGAUGGAAUGUGUUUGAAUCGAUCCGUCAUCAUCAUUACCGACUCGGUCAUCAGUGUCAUCACUGACCUAGCAAUUCUCAUCUUUCCUAUCGUCCUAGCUUGGACAUUACAUGUGCCUGUUUCCAGGAAGCUAUACGUCAUUGCGAUUCUUGGAGCAGGAAGUAUUGCUGUCGCUUUCAGUAUCUACCGAUUGGUGCUAGUCGUCAGUGAAAGGAAUAGCACUGAUGAGAUUGAUGUGUUCAUGCGCGUGCUAUUAUCCGAGUGA